AUGUCAACUACUCCUCGCAUUCGUGAUACAGAUCACUUGUUUCUAGAGCUCCCUUUGCUGAGGGAUAAAUUAGAAGAGUAUAUCAACAAUAUGUCAGUGGCUGGAGCUUGGAGCCAAAAUGCUAUUCAAGCAACAUAUGCAUGGCUGAAGGAGGGAUUAAAACCUCGCUGUAUCACAAGGGAUCUUAAAUGGGGAGUUCCUGUUCCACACGAGAAGUAUAAAGAUAAGGUAUUUUACGUCUGGUUUGAUGCCCCCAUUGGAUAUAUCUCGAUUACUGCAUGCUACACCAUGGACUGGGAGAAGUGGUGGAAGAAUCCUGAAAAUGUGGAGUUGUAUCAGUUCAUGGGUAAGGAUAAUGUGCCAUUUCACACGGUUAUGUUUCCUUCUACACUUCUUGGAACUGGUGAAGAGUGGACAAUGAUGAAGACUAUAAGUGUCACAGAAUAUUUAAAUUAUGAAUCAGGAAAGUUUUCCAAAAGCAAAGGAAUUGGAGUUUUUGGUAAUGAUGCAAAAGAUACGAAGAUUCCUGCAGAAGUAUGGAGAUACUACUUGCUAACUAAUAGGCCUGAGGUAUCAGACACUUUAUUUACAUGGGCAGACUUGCAGGCUAAGUUAAACAGCGAGUUGCUAAAUAAUUUGGGCAAUUUUAUUAAUCGUGUAUUGAGCUUCAUUGCUAAACCACAAGGAGCAGGAUAUGAUUCUGUCAUUCCUGGUGCACUUGAUUCAGAAUCACAUCAAUUAACAAAAUCUUUAGCGGAGAAAGUUGGUAAAUUGGUUGGCCAGUAUCUUGAUGCCAUGGAAAAGGUUAAAUUGAAACAAGGUUUAAGAACUGCAAUGAGCAUAUCCAGCGAGGGAAAUGCAUAUUUACAAGACAGCCAAUUUUGGAAGCUUUACAAAGAAGAUCCAUCUUCAUGCGCAAUUGUGAUGAAAACUUCAGUUGGACUUGUCUACCUUCUUGCAUCAUUGUUGGAACCUUUUAUGCCUUCCUUUUCUGUUGAAGUACUAAGGCAGCUUAAUAUAGCACCAGAAACACAUCUUUCAUUCUGUGAUGAGAAAGGAGAAACUGAGAAGGCAAAAAAACCUUGGGAUUUUCUACCUUCUGGUCAUAAAAUAGGAAAACCUGAGCCACUAUUUAGGGAACUGAAAGAUGAAGAUGUGGAAUUCUUUAGGUUGAAAUUUGCCGGUAGUCAAGCUGAUAGAAAAGUAAAAGCAGAAGCUGAAGAGAAAAAAAUUGCUGAGCAGCUGAAAAACACAAAAAUAAGAGAAGGAAAUGCAAAGAAACAACAGACUAAGCCUGCUGGUAGCUCAAAGUCAAAGGCUUCUGAAACAGAAAUUUCUAUAUCUAAACUUGACAUUCGUGUGGGUAUGGUCAAGAAAGUUCAAAAGCACCCAGAUGCUGAUUCUCUGUACGUGGAAGAAAUCGAUGUGGGUGACAACUCAACUAGGACAGUUGUUAGCGGUCUUGUCAAAUACAUCUCUCUUGAAGAAAUGCAGAAUCGGAAAGUCUGUGUUCUUUGUAAUCUGAAACCAGCCACUAUGCGGGGUAUUAAAUCACAUGCGAUGGUCUUGGCUGCAUCGAAUGAGGACCACAGUAAAGUAAGACAUGAUGCUACUGACCUUUUAAUUUUCAAUCUUUCAUCUAAUAAGUUGCUGGAGUCAAAUCUUAGUUUAUGGAAAAGCAGUGGGUUUGUACUACUUCCGGCUAUUUCAAAACCAUGCCUCAUUUGUUACAAUGUUAAUAUAGUUGAGAGAAUUAGGCAUGAGAUCAUAUAGGCAUUUUCAAUUUCCUUGGAUAACUGUUAGUCAUUUGAAAGCAGAUCCUAGUCUAUGAAGUAUGGGUACGAGUGCAAGAGGAUAUGACAUGACACAGAUGAAUGCUAAUAAAAAUUUUGAAAAUUUAGGAUAAGAUACAGCUAGGAGACAAAAUUAGCAUCGUUGAUCAUGAUCUAAGUUAUAUCACAUAUUUGGAGAGUUUUUUUGUUUUUAAAU